GCGCGUAUUGUGUGAUUUGGAAUAUAGACACCUUGACGGAAAGGUGUAUAUAGUCGGCCAUGAUCCAUCCAACAAUCUCUCCAUCAUCCUUCAUCUUCCAGCCGGUUUAGCUGCAAAUCCAAAAGAAUCCAAUCACCAAACGAUUCGAGAUGCCUUUCUCAAAAGAUCCUCAAAUAUUGGAGACCAGCAAUGGGCUAGUCAGCGUACUUCGAGCCGCAGCCAAUCAGCCUACUGAAGAAUUCAGACCCGCCCACGCCAAAGGCCAUCUCCUCACCGGUACCUUUACACCCACCAGCUCCGCAUCCACUCUCACAACUGCGCCACACUUCAACAUCCCAUCCACACCCAUCACCGUCCGCUUCUCCUCCUCAACCGGCCUCCCACAGAUCCCAGACACAGACGCCAAUGGCAAUCCCCACGGCAUUGCAAUCCGAUUCCAUCUCCCGGAAGUGGAUGGUAGACGCAAGCACACAGACAUCAUCGCGCACUCAACCAAGUACUUCCCCACGCGCACCGGCGCAGAGUUUCUGGAGUUCUUGCGCAUAGCCGGCGGACCGAAUGCGGGGGAAGGGGUGCCUGAGUUUCUGGGACGGCAUCCGGAGACGGUGAGGUUUUUGCAGGAUGCUAAGCCGAGUCCCGUGUCUUUUGCGACCGAGAAGUACUUUGGCGUGAAUGCGUUCAAGUUCGUCAAGGACGGUAAGGUGACGACCCUAAGAUACCGCAUUGUUCCUGCAGCGGGUGAGCAGCAUCUUGAUGCCGAAACCUCCAAGACUAGAUCGCCAUCCUACCUCUUCGAUGAGUUCCCGGACCGCCUUCGAGCUGGACCCAUCGAGUUCAACCUCCUUGCGCAGAUUGCCGACGAUGGCGACGUGACAGACAAUGCUACCGUCAUCUGGCCGGACGAGAGAGAGAUUGUGGAGCUAGGCACGCUGAAGAUCGAGAAGACGCUCAGUGAGGAAGAGAGUCUGGUGCAGCAGAAGCGCAUCAUCUUCGAUCCGAUCCCGAGGAUUGAGGGUGUUGAGACUAGCGACGAUCCGCUGUUGGAGGUCAGGGCCAAUGUUUAUUUGAUUUCGGGUCAGCAGAGGAGGGCUGCGCAGAGUGGUGAGGCUGUGAAUGGAGACUCGAAGGAGGCUGUCAAGGCUACUACAUGAACAGUGUG